AUCUUGACCAGUGACUCCGGACGUUUCUGUACGCGAUUCCUUAGUCUCAUCGAGUAGGAACGGCGAAUCUCCCAUAAUGAUUAGCAGGGACAAUUCCAACUGUCUCAAGGAGCUUUCUGUGGCUCUCAGCUCCUUCGCCUCGAGCAGAACAAUCCUAGUUAUCAGAAGAAGUUUUUUCUUCUGCACGUCCGUAAGAAAUAGAGCCAUGGACAACGCACUAUAGUCAGCUGCCAUUUCCACCAACUUGCGGUGAUGUUGUGAGCACACACUCAGCACCGUGUUCACCUCACCGGCAGGAGAAAGACCGGACCAAAAAAGUCGUUGAAAUUCCCGAGAUCUCUCAACGCCCUUUGGCUUCUCUGUCACCCUGACGACUAGCGCGCUCGCAGCGCUCAUUGAGGGGGUAGGGGGCGGGCAGCAAGUCUCGGGGGAGCAAAAGGUCGACGUCCCACUAUGCUCUCUUCGACUUCUAUCUCUCGCUUGAUGGAUAGCUCUCGAGUCAUGUGGGGAUACCUGUUGGUCUUUGCGCUCGGGUACGGCGUAGCCAAUAUUCGUCGGCUAGUUGGGUCCGGGAUGUUUCAAAAGACUUUGGACCUGCCUUCGGCGCACUCUGAUCAUCCUCUAUCGGAGAAAGAGGACAGAUCAGAGGCAACACAGGACCCGUUGGACGACCGUCCCGCUUCUCAAUUGGAUACAUCUCCCAUCAGGGCCGAAGCCAAUCCACAAAAUGGGGAGAUAUCAGCGGAUUCGGCGCCGUCAACUGUAAAUGAGUCUGUUGAACCGGCCAGCACCAAGCUCUGGGCAGACGACAACGAUUGGGGUCAAAGUGUCACACUGCGAUCAGUAGCGCCGCCGAAUGUAGAAGAUUCAAGGAUUGGAGACCAUAAUGCAACGUCCGACCAGCAAACGCUGCCCUCUGUGAACAAAUCUGAGACCUUUAUUGAAGAGGAUGAUGGUGGAUGGGGACUCCCAGCAGGUACAGAUCGAAGUACAGAUCGACCGUGCAGUCAAAGCGCAAGGGGGCAUAUCGUCCCGACCCAAAUCAAGUCAAAAUCUAAGCAUCGGGCUAGCAGUCCGGAAAAGCAGCCUGGCCGUUGGUCGAGAACCAGCGCAAAGUCGGAACACGACCUGUGCCCUAUCUGUGUGAGGCCAGUGCACCCGAAACAUCUCCAAGAGCAUAAUCGAGACUUUCAUCCGGCUGGAACUACUGCUCCUCGAGGAACAGCUAUCGCCGAAACGAAAUGCCAGGUAUGUCUAAUGGAGCUUCCGUCGUCUCUGGAGCUUCGCAAGCAUGUCGACGCCAACCACUCCUGGGCUUACCUCUGUUCUUCGCACUUGGUCCGUUUUCGCGAUGCUCAGUUGGCUCUUGAGCACUAUCGAGACGUACACUACGCUCAUGGUGUCACAUUCAAUACGAUAGAAGUCUUUCUCGGCUCGAAGAGCUGUCUAGCGACCACCUCACGACCCGACGCCGCACACUCUUCGUCCUCGGCUUGGCCCACGGUCGCUAAUGCCCAGCGCGCAGCUGAUGAUGCCACCAAGUCAGCAAACCCAAACCCAUCCUCGCUGGCACAGGCUGAAGAUGUUUUGAGUAUCAUCCCAAGCUUUGGUCUUCCAUCGCAGGCUUCCUCCUUGUAUUUAACCGGCUCCAGCGCCAAGACAGCCGCAAUGGAUCAGCCCGAGCCAGCAACGGCACCCCUUACGUGUAUGAACUGUCAAAAAGUCUUUCCUGACCAUCCAGAUCUAGCUCGACACGCUUUGUACCCUUGUACAAGGUUCACAGCAUCCUACUUGGAGCAACAGCAUUCAUACACCAACAAUCAUGGCUUUUCUCACUCGCAUUUCAUGACCUCCAGUCAAUUUACAGAUCAAGACAAUCAAGAUUUGAGCAACUCAUAUGCCUCGUUACCUAGUGAAGGCGUCGAUACGCCAAUUCUUACACCUGGAGGAUCCUCAUCGACAUCCAACGACGAAUUGAGCAUCAUCUCGCCCGACCCCCUCCAGUACCCUUCUCUUGGGUCUGCCACCGAUAGCGCUACGGCUCACAACUUGUCAUCAACCGUGCCAUCUGAGGCAAGUUUUUCGGACGAGCCCUCGGAAACGUUUCCAGAUGAGAUGUCUAACCCGACAGGGAAGACACCAGACGAUCUCCAACGCGACGAAUUUACAAGCUCGAACAGGUGGGAUACGGGACCUCCAAGUUUCAUCCCGCCACCUCAUUGCAGGGCGGAUCAGUCGGAUGUUACCUCUGCCAUGGCCCGAAGACAACAAUUUCAUCCAGGCCGCGGCGUCCCAGACAUACCUUACGAACAGCGGCCUCCUCAAACCCGAUGGCGGAGGCCCGGGGAACAGGAUCAGCUUCUUGGGACCGGAAUCGAAGUUCAAAUUCCUUCUUUUGGUCUACCUGGGAAGGGAGAAGAAUUUCAUCCAUUUGGACCCCCUGCUCAAUCUCCAGCAGUGAGUCAGACGGUAUCGCAUCAAUCGUCGACUCGUGCUUCAGACGCCAGUGGUUCCUCGACGACGAAUGGCUUGUCUCUCUCUCACGCACCCUCCUCGGCCUCGACUCCUGUCUCUCCACAGAAUCCGCGAAACAGUUUGUCACGCGAUACAUCGUCCAAGCUGAUAUUGGGUACGAGCCGCUCAUGGUCUUCCGACGCAUCACAACCGAUGCCGGCUCUCCCGAAUGAUCUCCGACACUUGACCUCACUUGGUGCGCCCUCGGAAGCGAACGCCAGACCCCUCAACCUCGAACGCAACCUCCGCGAUAUUGCAGCUGGAGCGCCCACGCGCUCUAAACACGGCCAUGCACAAUCGAACAGGUCAUCCAAGAAGAUUCCCAAGACAGUCGUUCAGCCCAUCUUUGACUCUGGCUGGGAGUCUGUCACUGUCCAACCGUCCAUUAGGGGCAAAGGAGGGAAAGUUACUUCAGACUCUGCUUGGGGCGGGACGCUGUAUCCCAGUGCCGGUGAUGGGGAUGAUCAGUAUGGUGGAUGGUAGGCUGUGUCUCAAAGCAGAUGGAAUCUCUGCCAAUCUCAUCUGUGAGAGAUGAUUCUCAGAACGUCGUUCUGCUCUCAAGCGCGUGCCACCGAGCAACACUCUUCCUUUUUGUAUAUCAUGCUUGUCGUUGAAUUACCAU